AUGCCCGGUAACGUGGCCGUCUUCAACUGUCACAUACCUGGGGUCAGCUACAAUGAGAACCACGUGUUACCCGAAUCAGUAGCGAUAACUUCAUGGGUACAAGACGGCGUCUUCAACAUAUUCCCUUCGUGGGAGAUAGAUUCGAAAAUUAUCAUGAUACCGAAAACCGGCCAAUUGCGUAUAGCGAACGUGGACGAGAACGACUUGAGGCACAGCUACACGUGCCGCAUAGUAAACAAACUGACGGGAUUCACUCAGGAGAGCAGCACGUUUGGCAGAAUUUAUUUCGAGAGUAACCGGACCAUGGCACCUUGGUCGAAAUCCAACGACUUCACCGUCCACUUGGUGAAACAGGGCGACCAUCUGUUGUUGCCGUGCGACGUAUACGGAUUCCCUCCACCGAAAGUCACGUGA